AUGCGACUUUUUGCAUGUUUCUUUGCAACUGAAAUACAAGGGUCAUCAGUAAAUUUAAUGUUAAAUGCUAUUCCGAGAACUUAUGACACGAACUCAAGUUCUCCACUAUCAGAGAUGAAUCAAGCCAUUCGAUUUUCAAAAAUGCAUAAUUCUUCUCCACGAUCAUUAACUGAUCACAUAUAUCCUUAUUACUUUCGCGCCAAGUUUGUGCCUGAUAAUCCUGAUGUGACUGUUGCUGCUUACAUCACACAGGAUCGAUUAGAUGAUUUAGUAAGAUUGGUUGACAUGUGGAAAGGUCCAAUAUCUGCUACUUUACAUCUUCCUUCAAAAUUAAAAAAAUAUCACAAUGAUAACAUUAUAAGAAACGUUUUAAAUUCUAUUGAAAAUAUUUACAAAAAUAAUUCAAAUGUUGCAAUGUAUGUUGACAUACAUCUUAUAAUGGGCCCAUAUAGUACAGUAAACGAGACGUUAUGGCCUUCACAAAUUAAUAUUCAUAUGAACACUGUACGAUUCUUUGCUCGUACCGAAUUCGUUUUUUUUCUUGAUUUGGAUACUUGGCCAAUGUCUGGCUUACGUUCAAGAAUCCUGAAUCAUGUUGAUUUACUCUUAAAUAAUGAUGUUCUGAUAUUACCAUCUUUUAUUUUCUCUAAUGAUGCUAAAGAUUUUGAGUUUCCACAAGAAAAACGAGAUGUAAAAAGAUUAGUACGAAGUCGUUUGUUGGGAUUAAAAGAUAAAGGUUGGGAACUUAAUAAUGGUCCAACUUGUUUAAGUAAAUGGAUGAAUAAUGAUGAAUUAUACAAAGUAGAAGAUUAUGACUUACAUUAUAUUCCAAAUUUUGUUAUAAGAAAAAGUGGUAAAAUACCUUGGUGUACAGAACGUUUUGAAAAUAAUAAGGCAGCCUGCCUGUUCCAAAUAUAUCUAAGUGGGUCAGAAUUGUGGGUUGCUCCAGAAGAUUUUUUGAUUAUACAUCAAUAUAAUCCGGGGUCUCAUGUUUCUAGAUAUGCAGAUUCAAGAUGGCAGAAAGUAAUUAACAAUCGCAUGUAUGUAACUUAUUCCUGGGAAGCAUGUCUUCAAUAUGCUCGACAAUUCUCCUCUAUAGGAAAAUGGGAAUCACCAAUUUCUGAUCAUGUUAAACAAGAAUGUGACCGAAUUUUGACAAGCUGGGGUGUUGGAAUAAUUUCAUUUGAUCGCCCU